GGAUUACUGAUGUAUCAAAACACCUUACUGUAAUUACUGGACUCAUUUAUGCCUGGUUUAUAUCUUACAGAGGAUAUUCCAAAGAAUAUCAAAGGUUUCUUCAGUACCUCUAAGGACUGCGGGAUAUCAAGACCUGAACGUUCAUCAGCCUUAAACUUAAAGGAACUGCAACCACUGAUGGCAAACCCAGUUGCAGACAGGCCGACAGACACAAAGACGCAGGAGAAGACUGACCCGAAGCAGGAGAAGAAUGAACCCCAGCAGGAGAAGAAUGAACCCCAGCAGGAGAAGAAUGAACCCCAGCAGACAACAGAGCCAUCUGGAUUUCAGGUGGCUAAGAAGAGACUCUUCAAAUGGGUGUCCUACUUUUCAGGGGACAUGAGGGUCUUUGGGGAAUGGAUGAAAGGACAGUUUUUCCUGAUCCAGCUUCUGGACUGGGUUCUCCGUGGGGCAGCACAGGUCAUGUUUGUCAAUAACCCCCUCAGUGGGUUGAUCAUCUUUGGUGGGCUGAUACUGCAGAACCGGUGGUGGGCACUCAACGGCUUCGUGGGCACCCUGUUCGCCACAAUCUCUGCCCUUAUUAUCAGACAAAACAGAGGGGCAAUAGCUGCUGGUCUGUAUGGCUACAAUGGUAUCCUGGUUGGUCUUCUUAUGGCAGUCUUCUCUGAUAAAGGAGACUGGUAUUGGUGGCUUCUACUUCCAAACAUCUUCAUGUCAAUGGCAUGCCCAAUAGUCUCCAGUGCCUUGGCGUCAAUCAACAGCAGGUGGGACCUGCCUGUGUUCACCCUGCCCUUCAACAUCCUGGUCUGCUUGCACAUGGUGGCGACAGGCCACUACAAUCAUCACUUUCCCCAGGUCCUGAUUCAGCCCAGAGCCUCCCUCCCCAAUAUCACCUGGUCUGAAGUUGACGUAGCUAAGCUUUUCCGUGCGGUGCCUGUUGGUAUUGGACAAGUGUACGGAUGCGACAACCCAUGGACGGGAGGGAUUUUCAUAAUUUCCUUGUUUAUCUCCUCACCCAUCACCUGCUUACAUGCAACCAUUGGUUCAGCUGUCGGAAUGGUUUCAGGCCUUGCCCUUGCUGCACCGUUUGAGGCCAUCUACUUCGGGCUGUGGGGCUAUAACUGUGUACUGGCCUGCAUCGCUAUUGGAGGAAUGUUUUAUGCACUGACAUGGCAGACUCACCUCCUCGCCGUUGCCUGUGCAUUUUUCUGUGCAUACCUGGGCUCUGCCAUCGCUAAUGUGAUGUCCACAUUUGGAUUGCCGGCAUGUACCUGGCCCUUCUGUCUGUCAGCGCUGACAUUCUUACUGAUCACCACGGAAACCAAAACCAUAUACAAGCUGCCUCUGGCGAAGGUGACGUACCCUGAGAAAAAUCUGCACUUCUUCUGGAAAAUGAAAAAGGCUCAGAGGGAGGAAAAAGCGCAGAAAGAGAAAGAGACACAGCUACAGGAGAAGGAAGUGGCCCUGCAGACCGAGUCAGGCAAAAUGGAACCUGCAAACCAAACUUCGAACGCAAAAGUACAGAACGUAGAGGAGGUUGUCGUAGUGGACAGUGUGAACAGAGGGGACGAUGUGGAACAAAAAGAGAGAAGGAGUGAAGACGAUUUAACAGAAGUGAAAGUUGGGGAUGAUGCAGAUCGAUUACAACAUGAAGUGUGACUAAAAUGAUGCUAAAAUGACGUACUCAAAUAACCUCUCUGACUUCUGUAAAAGCAGCUUGUACGUGCCAAAUGGCUUGGUUGUAAGAUAAAAUUAAGAUACGCUUCUCCAAAAUAAUAUGCUGCUUUCAAAUAUACAGCUAUAUACACUACCUAGUUUUCAAAAUCAUGUGCAAUACCAUUAAAAUGGUAUACUGUAUCUACUAUCAAAACAUGCACUGGCACAUAAGCAAUCUCGUUUUUUACAAAAUUAUUUCUGAAAUUUGGUUCAGGAGUACAACCAAUGUAUGGGAUAUGUCAAAAUGGCAAUAAUAUAGGUGUUCUUCAUUGCCAUAUGAUGUUGGCCAUACUGGUGUAAACUGA